AUGGUGAACUUUACAGUAGAUCAGGUUCGUGAAAUCAUGAACAAAACCAAACAAAUUAGGAACAUGUCCGUUAUAGCACAUGUCGACCAUGGAAAAUCAACAUUAACAGAUUCUUUGGUAUCAAAGGCUGGUAUUAUAUCUAGUAAACAUGCAGGAGAUGCUCGUUUUACUGAUACUCGAGCCGAUGAACAAGAAAGAUGUAUUACCAUUAAGUCAACUGGUAUAUCUAUGUAUUUUGAACAUGAUUUAGAAGAUGGAGAAGGAAAAAAACCUUUUCUUAUCAACUUAAUUGAUUCACCAGGACACGUUGACUUUUCAUCAGAAGUUACAGCAGCAUUAAGAGUUACAGAUGGUGCUUUAGUUGUUGUUGAUACUAUUGAAGGUGUGUGUGUACAAACAGAAACUGUUUUGUAUCAAGCUUUAGGAGAAAGAAUUAAGCCAGUAUUACACGUUAAUAAAGUUGACAGAGCAUUAUUAGAAUUACAAAUGGAAGUCGAAGAUAUUUAUCAAACUUUUGCAAGAACUAUUGAAAGUGUUAAUGUUAUUAUUUCUACAUAUACUGACAAAUUAAUGGGAGAUAUUCAAGUAUAUCCCGAAAAAGGUACUGUAUCUUUUGGUUCUGGUUUACAAGGUUGGGCAUUUACUUUAGAAACUUUCUCAAGAAUAUAUUCCAAAAAAUUCGGUAUUGAAAAAAGUAAAAUGAUGCAACGUUUAUGGGGUAACAGUUUUUAUGAUGCUAAAACAAAGAAAUGGUCAAAAAAUCAACAAGAAGGUUACAAAAGAGGUUUUUGUCAAUUUAUUAUGGAGCCAAUCUUAAACUUAUGUCAAUCAAUUAUGAAUGAUGAUAAAGAAAAAUACACAAAGAUGUUACAAAACAUCGGAGUUGAAUUAAAGGGAGACGAUAAAUUAUUAACUGGUAAACAAUUAUUAAAAAAAGCUAUGCAAUUAUGGUUACCAGCAGGAGAUACUUUAUUAGAAAUGAUUGUUACUCACUUACCAUCCCCAGCAACUGCACAAAAAUAUCGUGUUGAAAAUUUAUAUGAAGGUCCCAUGGAUGAUGAAGCAGCUAAUGCUAUACGUAAUUGUGAUCCUAACGGUCCAUUAAUGAUGUAUAUAUCAAAAAUGGUUCCCACAUCUGAUAAGGGAAGAUUUUAUGCAUUUGGUCGUGUGUUCUCAGGAACAGUUGCUACAGGGCAAAAAGUUAGAAUCCAAGGUCCACAUUAUGUACCAGGAGAAAAAACAGAUUUAUAUGAAAAAAAUAUUCAAAGAACUGUAUUAAUGAUGGGUAGAUAUACUGAACAAGUUCAAGAUGUACCAUGUGGUAACACAUGUUGUUUGGUUGGUGUUGAUCAAUAUAUUGUAAAAUCAGGAACAAUUACUACAUUUAAAGAAGCACAUAACAUUGCUGAUAUGAAAUAUAGUGUAUCUCCUGUCGUCCGUGUUGCAGUUAAACCUAAGGAUAGCAAACAAUUACCAAAAUUAGUUGACGGUCUUAAAAAAUUAGCUAAAUCCGAUCCAUUAGUUUUAUGUACUACUGAUGAAUCUGGAGAACAUAUUAUAUCUGGUUGUGGUGAAUUACACAUUGAAAUUUGCUUAAAAGAUUUAAAAGACGAAUAUGCACAAAUUGAUUUUAUUGUUUCUGACCCUGUUGUUUCAUAUAGAGAAACUGUUACUGAAGAAUCAACAAUUACAUGUUUAGGUAAAUCACCAAAUAAACACAAUCGUCUAUUUAUGAAAGCUUUUCCAUUGGCUGAAGGAUUACCAGAAGAUAUUGAUAAAGGUAAAGUAUCCGAUAAAGAUGACCCCAAAACUAGAGCAAAUUACUUACACAGUAAUUAUCAAUGGGAUAAAAACUUAGCAUUAAAAAUAUGGGCAUUUGGUCCAGAAACUAUUGGUCCAAAUCUUUUAACAGAUAACACUAGUGGUAUACAAUAUAUGAAUGAAAUUAAAGUACAUUGUGUAGCUGCUUUCCAAUGGGCAUCAAAGGAAGGUGUUUUAUGUGAAGAAAAUAUGAGAGGAUGUGAAUUCAGAAUGUUAGAUGUUCAUAUGCACGCUGAUGCUAUUCACAGAGGUGCUGGACAAAUUAUGCCCGCUUGUAAAAAAUGUAUAUAUGCAUGUGAAUUAACAGCAGUACCAAGAUUAGUAGAACCAAUAUAUCUUGUCGAUAUUAGUUGCCCACAAGAUGUUGUUAGUGGUGUAUACAGUGUUUUAAACAAAAGAAGAGGUAUUGUUAUAUCUGAAGACCAAAAAUUAGGAACACCAUUAUUAAAAAUCCAAGCUCAUUUACCUGUCGCAGAAUCUUUUGGUUUCACAUCUGCAUUACGUGCUGCUACAUCUGGUCAAGCAUUUCCACAAUGUGUCUUCGAUCACUGGUCAGUAUUAUAUGAUGAUCCUUUUGAUUCAAACAAAAAUUCAUAUAAAAUUAUUAUGAACAUUAGAGAAAGAAAAGGUAUCAAAGUAGAAAUGCCACAAUUGGAUAACUACUUAGAUAAAUUAUAA